AUGAAAGAUAUUGAAUCACAAUUAUUGAAAUUCAAUUUCAGUGAUGCAUGGACAAAGAAAGAGUCACGUAAUAGUAGUAAAUAUGAUAAUUUCAAUUCGAGACAUCUUAACAUCAGCAUAUCAACAAUACCCAUUUUGUGUAAACAAAGCUGUAUAUUAAUUGCAUACGUCCCCUUCUCCUUGAGAGGCAGGGAUGUUACUAUUUAG